AUGUGUCCUGAAGAAAGAGGACAUGACUAUGGUGAAGAACGAAAAGAUGAGCUGGCACCUCAGAGAACGGUUACUGGUUACAACCAGAUUAUGAUUGCACCAGAAGAUCAAGAAAAGACCACUUUCACAUGUCCAUUUGUCACUUUUGCAUUCUGGAGGAUGCUUGGUUCAUGUAAUGCUUCGGUUACAUUCCAGAGAUGCAUGAUGGCUAUUUUCACCAAUAUGGUGGAAAACUAUAUGGAGGAAAAAUGUCAUUUCAUGGUUCGAGAAGGCAUUGUUCUUGGGCACAAAGUAUCAAGCCAGGGCAUUGAGGUUGACAAGGCUAAGAUCGAGGCGAUUGAAAAAUUGCCACCACCCGUUUCUGUUCGGGGAGUGCGCAGUUUUCUUGGGCAUGCAGGCUUUUAUCGGCGGUUCAUCAAGGACUUUUCCAAGGUUGCGAAUCCGAUGUGCAAGCUAUUAGAGAAAGAUGUGAAGUUAUUCAAUGAAACCUGUCUGAAGGCUUUUGAUGAGCUGAAGGUGCGGUUGGUAACUGCAUUCAUUAUCAUUGCACCUAAUUAG